AGUAGCGGGCAACGGAUCCCGGACCCCUCACCCCCCAACAAUUCCUUCUUCCUUCCAAAAGGCCCUCUGUCUACUCUCGCCGUUCAAGGGGUUCCGUCUUUCUGUCUCCAACUUCUCUAGCAGGUGUAGAUGAGCAGUCUCCUUCUAAACUUGUUGCGAACGGAUCAUAUACGCUUUUAUCGGUUCUCAAAGAUGUGCGACGAUGUCAAUGCGAUUUUUCGAUGUGCGCCGAGACACACAGACCUAAUUAAUAAUCCUAACGGUCUUGCUUUCAAACAUAUUGCGAGAUGCCAACAUGCUAUAAACGCUAAUACUACGUGCCCUCCUGCUCAACGUCAGGUUGCGCAUGUGGUGCAAGAGGAUGAGCUAAAUAGGGACUGCCCAGCAUGCAGAGGAGAGACUCCACCAGAGACACCUUAGGAACAAUUGCGCAAACUUAAGAGUCAUGAAUUGAUAGUUGAUGCGCUUGCAAUGAAACCUGUUUCUUUCUUUCUUAGUGCUUCUGCAAUCUCUUGUUCUCUUCGACCCC